AAUUAUAAAGUUAAGUUUCAGAUAGAAACAUCAAGUCAACGGAAAUCUGUGAAAUUGCGUGAUGCAACAUGGAAAGAUUUGCGAAGCAUAUUUGCUUUAGCUUAUCCAUACAAAGGACGAAUAUUCCUUGGAUUAUUGUUUUUGGGUAUCAGUUCUACGAUAUUUUUAUUCGUUCCUCGUGUACUUGGACAACUCAUUGAUGAACUGAAUGAGGAUCAAACGAAGAAAGUAAGGAUUGAUGAUUUUACCCUAAAAUUAGCCAAAUAUUUCAAGGCGCAUCCACUGGCAUUAAUUGGAGUUUUUUUUAUUGGAGCUGCAGCGAUAUGUGGUCGAACUUAUUGCAUGCACACAGCCGGGCAACUAGUGAUCAAUGAUUUGCGUGCAAAAGUUUUUAAAUCAAUAUUGUGCCAAGAUAUGGGAUUUUUCAAUAAGAAUAAAGUGGGCGAAAUAGUUAGCCGUUUGUCAACAGAUGCAUUCAUUGUUGGUAAUUCAGUGUCUAUGAAUUUAACUGAAGGAGCUCGAGCACUAGUAACUUGCGCCGGUUCAGCUGCACUUUUGAUAUAUACAUCGCCACAGCUUUGUAAAGUGACAACGUUUGUGAUUCCUCUUAUCGUGGGAUCGUUUGCCAUCUUUGGAAAAUUACAGAGGAAAUACACAGUGCAAAUGCAGCAGGCAGUUGCUGAUGCUAAUCAGGUUGCAACUGAAAGGUUAUCGAAUAUAAAUACAGUGCGCAUGUUGGUCGCUGAAAGUCGUGAAUUCGAUUCAUAUAAAAAAAAAAUAUAUGAACUUUGGUUAGUGUCUCGCCGCGAAGGAUUGGCAAGAGGAAUUAUGUUUGGUGGGUACCAGUUUACUGGUUAUUUGGCAUUGCUUAUUGUCGUGUACUACGGUAGCAUGUUAAUCAGCCAAGGAUUGUUGACGUAUGGGGAGCUUUCUUCCUUUGCUUUAUACGCUAUACUUUGUGCUGCCAGCAUCGCUAAUACAAGUGUUUUUUAUACUGAAUUAAUGAAAGGUCUUGGUGCAAGUUCCCGUUUAUUCGAGCUACGCAAUAGAAUUCCUGCUAUUCCUUUAAGCGGAGGUGUGAAGAAGGAAGGAAUUACGAAAGGUAUUUAUUUUAAGCAAGUCGGUUUCGCUUAUCCAGAUCGGCCUAAAAUCUUCCAUGAUUUAUCUUUUCAUAUACCGGCUGGUAAAGUUACUGCAGUUGUUGGGCCUUCGGGUUCUGGGAAGAGUACAAUAGCUUUUCUUUUGCUUAGACUUUACGACCCUACUGACGGUUGUAUUAUGAUUGAUGAUACACCCUUGAAGGAAAUCGAUCCAUCAUUUUGGCGCAGGCAAAUAGGAACCGUCGGACAAGAACCAGUUCUUUUUUCAACGUCAUUGCGCGAUAAUAUAGUUUAUAUACAAGAAGUUACUAUCCAGUCAAAUGCUAUUGAAUUUAUUAAUGAAUUCCCAGAUGGCCUUCAAACAAUGGUUGGUGAACAAGGUGCUACGAUGCUUAGUGGUGGACAAAAACAAAGGAUAGCUAUUGCGAGAGCGUUGAUCAAUAACCCUUGCAUGUUGAUAUUAGAUGAAGCAACAAGUGCACUCGAUGCAACUAGUGAAUACAUAGUUCGUCUCGCUCUAUACAAAUUGUUAGAAAAUAGCAAGCAAACCGUCCUUAUCAUCGCACAUCGAUUAUCAACUAUAAAAUAUGCUGACCAGAUAGCUGUGUUAGAUAAAGGUUCUAUAAAAGAAUGUGGAACUUAUGAUGAAUUGAUGGCCAUUGAAAAUGGAGUGUUUAAAAAAUUGAUUGAAAAACAAGCAAUUGGUUGGCGAGAAGAUUCUUUCUAA